UGUCCGGCCUUUAGGCAAUCACUGCAUGGUCAUCAACGUGGUUGUUGUCGGCGUAUCAGCGGCCAAGUCAAGGAAUCGUUGGUAACUACACGUUCAGCUAGUGAUUUUAUAGUCGCGAUAACAAUGGAAGAAAUUAUUGAACAUAUCAGUCACCUGGUAGACUUUGAUGGCACAAGAAUCAUUAAACAUUUGGUUCAUGAACUAAGCAGCAACGUACCAUCAGGUGAACAGAUAAUGGAUGGGAAAUAUACAGCCAACUUGGAAAUCCUGUGCAGACUAGUCAAGAACAUUAAAUCAUAUACCCAAGACCAGGAAGACAUAGUUUCAGAAACUGACUCAAUCAUCUGGAGUGUAUGUAUACCCAUGUUGAGACUGUUCCAGUCAUCCAUGCAUUCUGUCAGCGGUGAAUCAACACAUCAGAUUCUUCUUGCCAUAUGUGAACUCCUUGUAACAAGUCUAGAAAAUUCUACUUCAGGUCAAGUAGUGAAAGUGCUUCAAUACUGUGUUGAUGCACUGCAAUCCUUUUGCAAUGACGGUCCUGGGAUUUAUGGCACAUCACAACAUAAUGAUGAAUACUUGGGUGUCUCAUGCACUGUGGAACUGCUCAGGACAUACAUGAAUGGAAAUAAGAACACAGUAUUUGAACAUGAAGUAUGUGACCUGUUAAAUAAGAUCUUUACUCAGCUUAUUGGUACAUUUCCUCUUGUGUCAGAUAAACUAUUUGCAAGAGUUAUCAGUGGUGUCCUUUCUCCUAUACUUCGAAAAGAUCCCAGAUCUGCAGAUAGUAAACUGGCCAUGCUGUGGAGAGAAACUCAGUUACUCGGCCAAACAGUCAAACAGAGCCAGUCUGAAGAUAAAACACUUGUCAUGUUUUGUAGCUUAGCAGAUUUUUACUUUCCAAUUUCUGAACAGAAGAUUGAAGAGGAUUUACGAUGUAGUGACAGUUUCUGGGAGAUGCUUCAGGGAGGCUUGUACAGUGUAAACCCAGUGUCAAGAAAACGCUCAUUGUACUUGUUGAAGAGGAUUGUAGACACCUGUGAAAGGAACAAUGUAGAUGUGAAUACUGAUAUGACAGGGGGAGCUUGUCCUAUCUUCCAGUGGAAAACUUCAGCCAAAACGGAUCUGGCCCUCAUCUGGGAGCACUACAUACUGUUGGUUGAAACCCUGGAAGAAAAACAGGUUCAUGUAAUAAAGCCCCUGUUAGGCCGGAUGCAGUCACUUGUGAAAGCUGCUGCCCUCACAGAGGCUGGCUGGUGCCUACACACAUCCUGGGUGGUGACAGUGCUGAGGCGAUGCUACCAGCAUGAGAGUCAGUACAUCAUCAAGUGGGGGGUGGAGACAGCACUCAACUUGGACCUGACGUCUGUACCUCUUCUAGAGCAGGACCAGCAGGGGUUCCUGACUGGCGACCUUCUUCUUAUUCUUCAAGAACUCAGGCUUUAUCUGAGGCCCCCUGGGGUGGAGGUUGGGACUUGUCCCCCUGUUGGAGACAGCCUGGCUCACUUCUUCUCCAGCUGCGUCACACAGCUGAAGUGUAAGGAGAGACAAGGUGACUUCCUGACUGCUGUGUGUGAGACAUUGAUGUCAUGUACUUGGGGAUCCACACCGAUGCUGUUCCUGUGCCGGGCACUGGCUAAUAUCCCACCAACACCCAUCCUUACUUCACGCAUACUAACACUCAUCAAGGAUAUGUUGACAACACUGAUGACAACCAUGGAGCCUCUACAGAAGGGUGCUAUUCAGUGCUUCCUGCUCCAGACUCUCGUACACCUGACUGACAAGACACAAGUAACAGUGGAGGACUUGGCAUCCAUCCUUGCUGUAUUUGAGCGCAGUGAGAGCAUACAAAGGGGAACAACUCAGUGGGUGGAGGCUAGUGCAUGGCUCCAGGAGGCUGUGACAGAGACGGAGGGACAGUGGAGCAAGGCGUAUGUCCGCCAAAUGGUCAACAGCAUGGUCCAGGACUUCCUGACUGACCCUGGAGAAUCAGGAAUGUUCAACUCUUUGAUGCUGACGAAGAUUGUCCGUCUGCUUGUCAUUGCCAUUGAUGCUGGCAUAUUCAAACAAAUCCAACCAGAAGGUGGUAUUGGCCUUGACCUCAUCUUAGGUCAGAUCACAGAUGUCAUCAGAAAUAUUAACUCCCAUCCCUAUAUGACAAAUGUCAAAGCUGACCGUGCUGUCAGCCUUCUGGCUACCUUGGCAACGGAACACACCAGUGUUUCAGAAAGUGAUGGUGUGUUUGACCGGUUUGUACAGGAGGCAGUGACUGGGUGCUGGCAGGAACUCUUGGUAUAUAUUGGAAACAGAGCCACACAGGACCUCACGGAGAUGGCUGACUUGGCAUUGCUGGAUGUGUACGCAGGCUGCAUGGAGCGGUGCUUGAAGUAUCUCCCCCCGGACAUGAGGGAUCAAUCUCUCCUUACUCUUGCCUCCACCUGUAUCACCAAGCUACAGCAUCUACAGGCCAUGCCACAGGUAUAUCUGGAGAGUCAGAUUCAGACUGUGUCUAUGAUGUGUCUUCUGGCUGCUUUAGCAGACAUAGUAGAUAGUUUGCAGCCCUCAGACACCAUGAUGGACAUCACUGAAACAAUACUGGAAUUCACUGUGUCCAUGAAAAUGAUGCCAGGAUUUACUAAGCAAGCAUCAAAAACAAGCAAGAGUGAGUCAAGGAUUUCCCAGAAGGACUGGGGCAGGGUUGUAUCUAGAUAUAUCUCCAGUCAGUGGCAGUGUAUGUAUUUCCUUCUCAAGAGGUGCCCAGGACGACCGUCAGCGCCUCAACUUCUGGAGACUUGCUAUGAUGCAUUUGAUGUUGGCACAAGGGACUCUGACAUCCAUGUUCUCCACUGUGUUCAGUGUCUUCUCUCUGAGAUGGUGACCGUGGCACCAGAUAAAGUGUGCCAGAUGCUGCAUGUGGCGUGGGUCAAGGCCAGUGAGGAGCUACACACUGCUUCCUACUGGCGGAAACUGGCAUGUGUUGUCAAACUCUUAACUCAGACUCCAUUGCUUCUGUCAGAUCCUGGAUCCCAGGUCAAUGAGUGUCUGAUGGAGCACAUGGCCCUGCUUUUGAAGCUGGGAGAGGAUAAGUUGGGUGUGGUCAACAUGCUGAUAGAACAUCUGUACCCACAUCUCAUCUCAGAAGAUCAUGGCAUACAGAUAGCUAACAACUUCCGCUCCAUCCUAGCUGAUGCAUGUAUGUUUGGGGGCUUACACCACAGAACAGACAGACUCAUUUUGGAUGUAACAUUCUUCGUUCAGAAGCAAGGAAAGAUGUUGUCAGUGAAUGAUGUCAUGCCAAGAUUCUCAAAAGGUGAUGGCAUUGUUCGUGUUUUUGCCAUCAAUUAUCUGUCACACUUGGACCCGAAUGAACCACCUCAUACAGAGUUUGCCCAGGAAUUAAUCCUGGAUCUCUGUGCCCGGCAUGAUGCAGUAAUGGAUUUGGCAGAGUACCGUCAGUUCAACAACUCCCUCUGUCACCGCCAGAAGAACAGGAUCUUUCAAGCAAUUUGUGUACUGGAACCAUUCAUAACACAGGGAGACAGCCUCCAGACACUAUGGCAGUUUGUCUGGCGAAUCCUGGUGUAUGAGCCACAUGCGUCAGUGCGACACAUGCAGGAAUGGAUUUUGAUGCGGUUGGUGCUCAGGUUCCCCGACAUGGUGGGACAACUGUGGGAGCACUUCCAUCAGUUCAACGACAAAAGGAAUCUCAGUCUGUGUUCUCUGAUGCACAUUAUAUCUCGGUGUGGACCUCACCUACCUAAACAGUUACAGAGUGACUUCUAUGACCAGGCGUUGUCACAUCUGUUGCCGUGGUGUAUGGCCCAUCACUUCAACACCCGUGUUCAUGCCCAGGCCAGCCUCACCACCCUCUGGAGCCAGUGUCAUGAUCUACAGCUGCACCACCUCAUCCAGCAACACGCCAUCAUCGAUAAUAUCAUCACAUUCCAGAAAGACAACAACAACUCCACCAAAAACUUAGAGAAGUUGAUCGGGAACUAUUUCUACCAGACAUUUGACUUUGUGGCUGACUACAGCAUGGAGACAAUUUUUCUGACCUUACCAAGGCUGUCCUGUUUAAUCGAUGAAGAAUGGCUGCAUCCGGAUACCUUCCAGUGCUGGGACACAGUGAAGUUGCGUGACUUGCAUCGAUGUCUGCCCCUGUACAAUGUAUCUUCCGGACUAAGAGAAUGUGUUCCUGGGCCAUGGAAGAUAAAACCACCUGUAUCAGACACUGAUGGUGCAGAUGGAGAGGUGACGGAGGGCAAUGUACAGAAGAAGAUAAUGCCGUGGCGUUUGAUGACUCCUGAUGAAGAUUCCAACCCAGACAAUGAGAUGAAUGUGAAGAAAGUUCACAAAGCUGGAGGGCUGGUCUUGAUCACUUCACUCAUUGACAAGUUACCCAACCUCGGAGGUCUGUGUCGUACAAGUGAGAUCUUUGGCGUAUCAGAGUUCAUUAUUGGGAAUCUGGCCUUCAUUGAGGACCGAACCUUCCAGUCACUGAGUGUUACAGCACACAAGUGGAUUCCUAUCACUGAGGUGCCUGACCACAGAUUGCAGGAGUUUAUGCAGGUUAAAAAAAGGGAUGGGUACACACUAGUUGGUGCAGAGCAGACAGCUAACAGUGUGUGUCUCACUCAGUACAAGUUCCCCCAAAAGACUUUACUGCUCCUUGGGAAUGAGAAAGAGGGCAUCCCAGUCAACUUGAUCCAACUGCUGGAUGCCUGUGUAACAGGGCAUCAUCCGCUCGAACAAUGUCCACGUGAGUGGGGAAUCGUUGGUGUGGGAGUACGCCCGGCAGCAGAUGGAGGCAGCCACAGCAACCUUUUAGCAACAUUACAGAUAGAGUCGAACAAUAUCCACGUGAGUGGGGCAUCGUUGGUGUGGGAGUACGCCCGGCCGCAGAUGGAGGCAGCCACAGCAACCUUUUAGCAGCAUUACAUAUGAAGUCAAACAAUGUCCACGUGAGUUGGGCGUUGCUGGUGUGGGAGUACGCCCGGCCGCAGAUGGAGGCAGCCACAGCAACCUUAUAGCAACAUUACAGAUAGAGUUGAACAGCGUCCAUGUGAGUUGGGCAUUGCUGGUGUGGGAGUAUUUAGACAACAGUCUUAGCGAUGGUAUUGUUUUUGUACAGUCACAUUAAAACCUGCAUCAAUAUGGAA